UGAUGGAGGCGGGGCCAAGAUGGCGGCGCCUUUGAGGAUUCAGAGCGACUGGGCGCAAGCCAUCAGGAAGGAUGAAGGAGAGGCCUGGCUGAGCUGUCAUCCCCCAGGGAAACCAACUCUUUAUGGCAGCCUGACUUGUCAAGGACUUGGCCUCGAUGGCAUCCCAGAGGUUAUAGCUUCAGAAGGAUUCAUUGUGAAUGAAAUAAAUAAGAAAAGCAUUCAUAUUUCAUGUCCAAAAGAAAAUGCAUCUUCAAAGUUUUUGGCACCAUAUACUACAUUUUCCAGAAUUCAUGGAAAGAGUAUAACAUGCUUGGACAUCUCCAGUGGAGGAGGCCUUGGUGUGUCUUGUAGUGCCGAUGGGACGAUGAAGGUCUGGCAGGCUGCCAAUGGAGAGCUCAGAAGAGUAUUGGAAGGACAUGUGUUUGAUGUGAAUUGUUGCAGGUUUUUCCCAUCAGGCCUUGUGGUUCUGAGUGGGGGAAUGGACGCUCAGCUGAAGAUCUGGUCAGCUGAAGAUGCUAACUGCGUGGUGACCUUCAAAGGUCACACAGGAGGUGUUUUGGAUACAGCCAUCGUUGAUCGUGGAAGGAACGUGGUGUCUGGUUCUCGGGACGGGACAGCGCGACUCUGGGAUUGUGGGCGCUCGGCCUGCCUGGGCGUCAUUGGAGACUGCGGCGCUGCCAUCAAUGGCGUGGCCGUGGGCACUGCCGACAACUCCAUAAACCUCGGCUCCCCCGAGCAAGUGCCCAGUGAACGGGAGGUUGGAACAGAGUCAAAAAUGCUUCUGCUGGCCCGGGAAGAUAAGAAGCUUCAGUGCUUGGGACUCCAGAGCAGGCAGCCGGUGUUCCUCUUUAUUGGCUCAGAUGCCUUCAACUGCUGUACUUUUCUCUCUGGCUUCUUGCUGUUGGCUGGAACCCAGGAUGGGAACAUUUAUCAGCUGGAUGCAAGGAAUCCAAGGGUUCCAGUCCAAGUCAUCCACAGAUCAGGAGCACCAGUUCUGUCCCUGCUGAGUUUCAGAGAUGGAUUUAUUGCUAGCCAAGGUGAUGGAAGCUGUUUCAUUGUCCAGCAGGACCUAGACUAUGUCACUGAGCUCACUGGGGCUGACUGUGACCCUGUGUACAAGCCACAUGGGAGAAGCAGAUCUACACAUGCAGCCGAGAUGGUCUUAUCCGACGCUAUCAGUUGUCUGACCUCUAGACCCCGGGAAGCAAAAGAAUCCGGUCAAUGAAAAAGAUCAGCCUGAUCCGCGGAAACAUCAUCAGUCUUUCCCAGGGACCUUCGCCUGUUUGUGUCAUGGGCAGUUUUCAGAACUUUUAGAAAGCAAAUACUGUAUCCCCAGUGAAACAAUCAUUCCAUGAUAAGACUUACUUUGAAGAGAGUCGAGAAACCCACACAGGCUUUUGCUCCAGCUUCUUAAAUUGACCCCAACAGCACAGAACAAGAAUGCGUGUGCUUAGAGCCAUCUCACACCAAUUGUGUUCAAUGUUUACAAGCAUCAGAAAACGCAAGCCUGUUUUCUGAAGGAAAUAAAGGGAAUAUAUUUGGAGGAGUCUGGGUUUGUGUAGUUU